UUGCGCCUCCCAACCAUGGGCUCUCGGUGCCGGCGUCCUGCCCCGCCAUUGUGGGCAUGGGGGCCGCGUCCUGUGCAGGCGCCUGCCCCAGAGAGGGCUGGACUCGGGGGACUGCUGACGUGGUCGGGGCCACUCGGCGCUGGGAGCCGUGGCCUGCCCCCCGCCCCACUCAGGGGGACGCUGACACUCCGUGGGGCCACCCGCCGUCUCUGCAGGGGCCUGCCAGUCCCAGCCCUGUGCCUGUGGCAGCCCUGGUGGCAGGGCCCUCUCUAGGGACGUUCUUCCCCUCCCGAGCCGUGUGCAGGAGCCGGAAGCGACCAGAGCCGGACAGACCACGGAGGGUACCUGGUGGCUGAGCGUCCCGUGCACGAGCACCUCAGUUCCAAUCCCACCUCGCUGGGCCUCUGCCACAGCCUCCUUCCAAACCCUCACCAUUUGCAGAAAGAACAGGCCUGGGGAACACACCGUUGCUAAGGGCAGGUGGCGGCAUUCCCAGCUUCCCCUGGCCCAGCCGCUUCCUCUGCAGCAUCGCAAACCCAACGUGUUCCCGGCUUCUUCUUGCUUACCUCCCUCGACGGGGGGCUCACUCCCUGUGAAGGCGUCUGCACUGGUGCUGGACGGCUCGGAGUGUGGCGAAGUUCCUCUGAUUCCUCUGUCUUCCUCCAGCUGUGCCCCGGCGUCUGGGGCGACAGAGCCGGGCUGCCACCACUCGCCCUCACCUCGCCGGGGCAGGCCCUGCCGGGGCCGGGGCCGGGCAGCAUCUCUCAUGGCCCUGCCCAGCAGCAAGCAGCCUGGCCGGCAGGGGAGUGGGCAGUGAAUGAGUGAAUGAGUGAACGGGGGGUGGAUUUGCUGUGUGGACACAUGAAGACUAGUGUUUUUCUGCUCGGAGAGGAGCGAGCGAGUCGCCCUACAGCUCCCCUGAUUGGUGGAUUCUCUUCCAGCCUCCACAGCGGCCUGGCCAAGAGUCGCAGAAACGCUGCGUGCAUGAGUGUGUGUGUGCGUGUGCGUGUGCAGAACACCCGUGACACGCGGGCGCCUGGAGGUGAUGGGCGUCCUCCUCCGAACCUGCGGCCUUCGUUUCUGCUUCCAGCCAGGCCCUGCCCAGGGCCGUGUUUCCUGCAGGCUCGGCCCCCCUGGCUGUCAGACGGGCCGGGCGCAGCGGUGGCGGCUUCUAGGUUUCCCGUGAGCAAAGGCAGCCAUGCAGACUCGCCAGCCCCGCCCCUACAGAGAGCCGUUUGUCAGACUGACUUUCCAGUAACCGGUGGGGCCGGGGCCCAGGGCCGAGCACACGGGAGGUGCCCGGCCGCCGUCCGGCGAACGCCACUGCACACGGAGCCAGGCCGGGGACGGAGGACGCCAGGUGCCACGUCCUCCUCCAAAGCCAGCCGGCACCUGAGCCCAGGCCUGUGUCAGGAGGAGAUGCCAGCGGGUUCCCUUUCCAGCGUGAGCUGUGUCCGAGGCACCGGGGAGCCCCCGAGGUCCCCAGCGCGGGCCCCUCGGAGCGCUGUGUCCCGGGAGAGUAGCGCCCAGGAGAGCCCCGUGGGCAGAUGAAAUUCUCAUGCGAUAACAUUCACCAUGUCAAAGUGCACAGCUCCAUGGCUAUGAGUGUCCUCACUAAAGACAUUUCACGGAAACGGGCUCAGGCAACGCGUGGCCUUUGCGCUGCCUUCUCUCACCGAGCACCCUGUGUUUCGGGUCGUCUACCCUGCAGCAUGUGUCGGAAUCUCCCUCCUCUGUGCGGCUGCAGAGAGCUCCUCUGUGCAGACACACCGCGCCCGCCCAUCCGCCCGCCUGCUGCUCCCGCCUGGUCCUAAUGUGAGCAGCGCCAUGGACAUUCACACGCAAGUCUUGCGCGGACGUGUGUUUUCAGUUUCGUUGGGAACGGACCCUGGAGUGGAAUCGCCAGAUCCCGUGCUAAUUCUGUGUUUACCCUUUUGGGAGCCACCGGACUCUUUUCCAAACUGGCUGCGCCUGUUCGUACCAGCAGCGUACGGGGGCUCCAGUUUCUCCAUGGCCUCACAAUAUGUAUUUUCUGGCUUUUUAAAAUGAUAACCAUUCUGGCGGUGGCUCACGCCUGUAAUCCUAGCUCUCUGGGAGGCUGAG